AUGCGUAUCCCAGAAGGAGCCCCAGUUCCUUUUUGGCUUUCGAUUCGUAAUAGAUUUCCACGUCUUGCAAAAACCGCUCGACCAACUGUUGGAACAGUGGCUGUUAUUACAACUGGAAUCAUCACUUGUUUAGCUGUUUGCGCUGUUACUGUCUAUCCAAAGUAUUAUAAUGAUUACUAUAAAAAUGCACAAAAAGAAGAACGCGCUUUACUUCGACUGGAUCGUGAACAAUUGGCCGGACCACAAAAUGCAUGGAGAGAUCCAUUCGAGAAAAAAUAA